AUGAGUCAACCACCAUCGAUUCUUCAACAGAGAGCCAUUGAAUCAAUAACCAAUACCCUCAAAUUCCAAAAUGAGGCUGUUAAUAAUCUUUACCAACAAUAUAAUGAUAAUCUAGAAUCAUCAUAUUCGAUGAAUCAACUAUUACAAUCAACAAUAACUAUGUACGAAACUAUAAAAUCCAAAAAGGGUAAGAUAAUAAUAUCAGGUAUUGGUAAAUCAUACAAAAUAGCCAAUAAAUUAGUAGCCACCUUAAAUUCUUUAUCUAUUCAAUCAGUUAGUUUGCAUCCAUCCGAGGCAUUACAUGGUGAUUUAGGUUGUAUAGAGAAUAACAAGGAUUGUUUGAUUAUGGUCACAGCAAGUGGUAAUACCCCGGAAUUGAUCAAUUUAUUACCUCAUUUAUCUUCAGAACUACCUAUAAUUUUAUUAACUUGUAAUAAAAUAUCAAAAUUACUGCAACAUUCACAAAUUUCAAGUCUAAUUUAUGCCGAUCUUCCCUCAGAAUUAAAUGAAAAUUCUAUACAUGGGUUACCUGCUCCAACAGUCUCAACUACAUUGUCUUUAAUAUUAGCAGACGCUACCAUUUUGGCACUUUCGGAAAUGCUUGAAGGCGAUUUACUUGUUAGGAAAAAGAUGUUUUCGGAAAAGCACCCCGGAGGUAGUAUUGGUGCGACCUUAUCCAACGAAUUUAAGCUGGUUCCCGUGGCCGGUAUUACUGUAGCAAGAAAUCCAAUCAAGCCUAUAUCAUCUAAUGAUUUUAGAAUAUUUAGACCCCUGGCGGUUCCAAUAAAUCAACCAAGUUCAUCAACAUCGUCUUCUUCUUCAUCAGAAUCCUUAUUUAGUCUCGGAAAAUCAGUUGCUGCAGCAACCACAAUGUUAGCCACCCUGUCUACAGCAUACAGUAGCAAUUGCUCCUCCGAUACAGAUGAGCCAGAUAUUUAUAUAAAUGCCACGCCCCAUCCUAUACUGCGAGAUCAAAGGCAAAGGCCCCCAAUUGCAAAAAGUAUAAAGAUCAUCACUUAUGAAGAAGUAUUUCAACUACAAGAACUUGAAUUGUUACAAUGGAUAACUAUUUACGAUCAAUUAUCUAUUGUGAAAACUAAUUCGAAGGUCGAUUGCAGAGAUAUUAAGAAUAUAUAUUUGGAUUAUUGCAAAUUGAAUGAAAAGGAUUGGGCUAAAUUUAAAUGGGAUUUAAUGAAAUUAUUCAACUAA